UUAGAAGAGAAAGAUCCCCUAAGUCCUUCGGACCUGAUCAACUUAAUACAGGAGCUACUGACACUGACUUCAUCAACUUCGGCUUAACUCUUGCCAAAACAAUGAAUUAUACAAGUUAUAUUUUAGCUUUUCAGCUUUGCGUGAUUUUAGGUUCUUCUGGCUGCUACUGCCAGACUACAGUUUGGAAAGGAAUAGAUUACCUAAAGGAAUAUUUUAAUGCAAGUAAUUCAGAUGUAGCGGAUGGUGGAUAUCUUUUCUUAGAUAUUUUGAAGAAUUGGAAAGAGGAGAGUGACAAAAAAAUAAUUCAGAGCCAAAUUGUUUCCAUCUACUUCAAACUCUUUGAAAACAUGAAAGAUAAUGAGCUCAUUAAAAGUAGCGUGGCAGCUAUUGAGGAAGACCUGCGUGUCAAAUUCUUCAAUAACAGCAACCGUAAACUGGAAGACUUCAAGACGCUGAUUCAAAUUCCGGUAGAUGAUCUGAUGGUCCAGCGCAAGGCCAUAUCUGAACUCUUCAAUGUGAUCACUGAACUGGAACCAAAAUCUAACCUAAGGAAGAGGAAAAGGAGUCAGAGCCUGUUUCGUGGUCGGAGAGCAUCAAAAUAAUGGCCAUCCUGCCUGCAAAAUUUGAAUUUUUAAAUCUAAAUCUAUUUAUUACUAUUUAAUAUUUUACAUUAUUUAUAUGGGGAGUAUAUUUUAAACUCAUCAAAGUAUUUAUAAUAACCACUUUUAUGUGAUAAAAAUGAGUACCUAUUAAUAUAUGUAUUAUUUAUAAUUCUUGUAUCCUGGGGUAAUUUCACUUGACCUUUUUUUUUUUUUUUUCUGACUAACUAGGCAAGACUAUGUGAUUAUAAGGCUUUAUCUCAGGGGCCAACUAGGGAGCCAACCUAAGCAAGAUGCUGUGUGUUGUGUAUUUAUUUCAGUUGAUGA